AUGGGGGUGACUGUUUGGUCACCAGAUGGAAGCCAGCUCGCUUCAGGAUCGGCGGAUCGCAAAAUCACUAUCUGGGAUUCGGCGACUGGGCAGUGCAAGUCGGUUCUCGAGGGGGAAUAUGAUCAUACAGUUUAUUCGAUUGACUGGUCCCCUUGUGGAUGUUACAUUGCAUCGGGAUCGGAUGAUCAAAAAAUGAGGAUCUGGAAUGUUUUCACUGGGCAAUGCAUCGCAACUCUCGAGCAUUGGUCCGGUCCAGUCUACUCAAUUGACUGGUCGCCAGACGGAAAAAACAUCGCAUCGUCAGCAUCUAUUGGAGUAAUCGGGAUCUGGGAUCCGUUCACUAGAGAUUGCACAACGAUUCCUGGGGAUAAUUAUCGAGUUUUUUCGAUUGAUUGGUCGCCGGAUGGAAGUCAUAUCGCAUUAGGAUCACGGGAUCAUACGGUCAGAAUUAUUGAUCGGUUCACUCUGCAAUGUGUAUUGGUUCUUGAGGGGCAUAGCAAGCAUGUUAAUUCCGUUGCGUGGUCGCCGGAUGGACGCCAGCUUGCAUCGGGGUCACACGAUAAAUCAGUAAGAAUAUGGGACCCAGCGACUGGGCAGUGCAUGUCAGCUCUUGAAGGGCAUGGUGAGUCAGUCACGUCGGUUGCCUGGUCGCCGGAUGGAAGCCAGCUCGCAUCAGGAUCAGAUGAUGAAUCAGUGAGGAUAUGGGACCCAACCGUUAAACAGUAUGUGACGACACUCAAUGUGCAUAGCGAUAAAGUAAUAUCGGUCUCAUGGUCACCAGAUGGGAGCCAAGUUGCAUCCUAUUCAAGCGACAAAACAGUCAAACUUUGGGAUCUAGCUUCCGGACAGUGCGUUUCGACUUUCCAAGGACAUAGCGAGUCGGUCUGGUCAAUUGCUUGGUCACCGGAUGGGAAGCGCCUCGCAUCAGGAUCCAUUGAUUACACAGUCCGGAUCUGGGACCUGGUGACUAAACAGUGCAUUUCGAUUAUCCGGCAUGGUAACAUCGUCUCGUCAAUUGCCUGGUCGCCAGAUGGGAGUCAUAUCGCAUCAGGGUCGGAUGAUCGAAAAGUAAAGAUCUGGGACAUGGUAGAUAUGCAACUCACGUCGAUACUUGAAGGGCAUGGUGACUGGGUCAGAUCUAUCUCCUGGUCACCAGAUGGGAGGCGACUUACUUCGGGGUCAGUAGGCCUAGUCAAAGUAUGGGACCUAGUCACUGGAAAUUGUACUUCAAACCUCCAGGGUCAUCGCAGUUCAGUCAACUCGAUUGCUUGGUCGUCGGACGGAAAAAGACUCGCAACAGGAUCAACAGACAACACAGUUAGAAUAUGGGAUUUAGCAAGUGAGCAGUGCCUGUCAAUUUUUGACAUUCCAUCUCUUGGUCUACUUCGAGUUGGCAAGGGGAACCCAUGCCAGCUGCAGACAGAUAUCGGCGUGUUUGAUCUGGAAUUUCAUGGCCCUUGCUUGACACCUGUUGAUGAAUCAACUCCUCUACCACGGCAGGUGGGCUAUGGCCUCAGCCGUGAUCGUAAGUGGAUUACCUUUGAUGGAGAAACCACUUUGUGGUUGCCCUCAGAGUAUCGAUCAGCUGUCUCGUCUCUCUUUGUCACACCUAACACAACAGCGGUGGCAAUUGGCAGCCUAAAAGGCCGUGUCUUGUUUCUGAAUCUCUCUAACGACUACCCGGACAAUGAAACAUCGAAGAUUUUUGAUAGCAACGGGAACAGGCCAAAACGGCCGAGUUCUCGAUGA